GCAGGUCUACUGUGAGCCACGAGACAUCAAGGGGAAAGUCCCGGAUAUCGUCAUGCGUGAGAGCAUCUAAUUAAUCAUCAACCCUGGUAACGUGAUCUCCAGCCUAUAAAAGGGGAACCAUCUGAGUCUUGAAAACCUUACUACUGGCCUUCACAGACAUCUCUAGACCCAAGGACUUGUGCCCCAGGAGGAGCCGAGGCUAAUGGGUGCCCGCCUCAGCCCUGAGGCCAACGCUGAGGUGCCCCGUGAGGCCCGCGAGGCCCUUAGUUUCCACGGGGAUGCCACUGGCACACAGGUGCAUCUGGAUGACCAGAGGAGCACAGCGCAUAGGCUAUCCACGUUUCAUGAUGGCAUUGUGUUCAGCCAGCGUCCAGUGUGGCCCGGUGAGCGUGUAGCGCUGCGCGUGCUGCGACAAGAGGACGGCUGGUGCGGUGGCCUCCGCGUGGGCUUCACGCGCCUGGACCCUGCAAAUGUGGCCGCAUCCUGCCUGCCGCCCUUCGUGUGCCCCGACCUAGAAGAGCAGAGCCCCACGUGGGCAGCGCUGCUUCCAGAGGGUUUCGUUCGUGCAGGGAAUGUGGUCUGCUUCUGGGUGAACCGUAGAGGCUGGCUCUACGCAAAGGUCAACGCUGGCCGUCCCCUCUUGCUGCGCAAAGACGUGCUGGUCCAGGGCGCCCCGCUCUGGGCGGUGAUGGAUGUGUACGGGACCACGAAAGCCAUUGAGCUGCUGGAUCCCAAAGCCAACGCCUGGAUCAUCAAUGGAGAGGCUGUACCAGAGUCUGAAGUCACAUCAGGAGAGGAGUGUGCCAUCUGCUUCCACAACCCUGCCAACACCCGCCUCAUUCCCUGUGGCCACUCACACUUCUGCGGCUCCUGCGCCUGGCACGUCUUCAAAGACACGGCCAGGUGCCCCAUGUGCCGCUGGCAGAUUGAGGAGGUGGCUGUGGAACCUUCACUGAAGCCUGGAGAAGGCUCCUGAAGAGACAGCUUCCUGGAGUGGGUGGCAGACAGGACCUGGCUCUGAGACAGGAUAAACCUCUGUCUGGACAUGGGUCAGCAAGCACGGUCACAGGCCACCAAGCCUGAUCUUGGGUCACCAAGUCUUGUUAGCCGUGAGGGAGGUUCAGUGACUCUUUCCCUAGCUAGAAGUUUGGAAGAGGUUGAUACGGCAAAAAGAAAUCUUUUUGGCCAUGUUGGCAAGUCCCCAGGGUAGCAGGGGCAGCCUGAGCCCUCAUGCUACAGCUGAGGACGUGAAGGGAUGGGUUUGCGUCUGGCAGAAGUACCAGAAGCCAGAGCAUGUGUCAUGGUGAUUUCCCUGCUGAUUUGUGAGAUAGCAAAAUAAAGUUUGUUUUUGUAUUGAU